AUGGCUGGCCCGGUCACCAGCCAGGAGGCUGCCAUCAAGACCCGUGUGGUCACACACAUGAACAAGGACCACGCCCCAGAGCUUGAGCUCUAUCUGCGGGCCUUCAAUGGGCUCUCCGCGAGAGCGGCCGCCAAGCCGCAGAUUAUCGACAUGUCGCUUGAUGCCAUGACCAUCAAGUCAGCUUCCGGGACCCACACGGUUACCAUUUCGCCGCCGCUGCCGAACUACGGUGCCUCCCGUGUCAAGCUUGUUGAGAUGGCACAGACGGCACUCAGUAAGCUGGGCCUCAGCGAUAUCAAGAUCGACCAGUACGCGCCUCCCGCGGGAUUCGACUGUGUUGUAUUCUUUGGUAUCACGCUCUAUUUUGUCUGCGCUGCUACGCUGAGUCUGGUCCAACCGGGGACUGUAAUUUGGGAUCUGCUAGAUUCAUUCUUCCCGUUCGGGGCUCUGGGCUACCGAUGGCUGGUCAAGGCAAUUUUCGUUCCGGUAUUGGUUAUUCACAUCACUGAGUCAUGGUGGAUGGCGAACACGAGGUUGAUAAAGCACCGUGUCGCGACGGGUAGCAAGCUCUGGUGGCUCUGGACCGUGUCGCCCUUCUUCGAAGGUCUCAUGGCAUUCCGCAGGUUUGACGGUCUAGUUGAGAAGGAGAAGAAGAGAAAGGAGUCCGCAAAGCAUUAG